AUGCAUAAAGAUUCAUCAACAUCAUCAUCACCAUCAUCAUCAUCAUCAUCAUCAUCAUCAUCAUCAUCAUCAUCAUCAUCAUCAUCAUCAUCAUCAUCAUCAUCAUCAUCAUCAUCAUCAUCAUCAUCAUCAUCAUCAUCAUCAUCAUCAUCAUCAUCAUCAUCAUCAUCAUCAUCAUCAUCAUCAUCAUCAAUCAAUCAAUCAAUCAGUCAGUCAGUCAAUUGUGAAUUCAAUUUCUUGACAAUAGUUUCAGUUAAAUUCAAUGAAGCAGAAUGA